AUCCCACCCACGUUGCUUCCUAUUCGCCAUGAUCAUUGACUCCGGACCACAUUUCACAACCAUCAGAAUCCGGGCCUCGACAGUCUAGGGCACGUAUUAUCUCGAAUGUCCCAACGUUCAUCUACACGGCUCGAGAUUCCGCAUCCUAACGAACCAGGCUGUCAUAUAAUUGGAAUUCUAGAGCAGAUUUCUCGACCGGACGUGCAGAAUAAAAAAAUCGCCCUCAUCCUCCAUGGAAGCGCUGGACACAAGGAUUAUCUCUUUCUCAAGCGGUUGGCUAUGCGGUUACCUAUGGACUCGUUCCGGUUUGACUUUCGUGGCAAUCAUGAGACUCUCGGUAAAUGGAACCAGGGUGGCAUGGAAGGUGAUUUGGAGGACUUGCGAGCUGUCGUCGAGUACCUGAAGAAAACAUAUGGUUACGUUAUUGAUUUAAUUGUGGGGCAUUCAAGGGGAUCUCUGGUUGGCUUCCGCUGGAUGUGUGUUUCCGAAGAAGGGAGAAGCGUUUCCGGGUUCGUCAAUGCAUCUGCUCGAUAUAGAAUGAAGCUCAUAUAUGACUCACCCGGUGCUGUCCAAUGGCAAAAGACUUUUGCGGAGCAGGGUUUUCACGUAUGGACGCCGGUAGUUGCUCGAAAAACUGUCAAGUUCGAGAUCUAUCCCGAAGAUUUGGAGAGAUUUGCGAAUUGGGAUUCGUCACUUGUAUGGGAUCACUUUCCUGCGGCCACUGAUGUCCUCACUAUACAUGGACUGUCUGAUAAAGCUGUUCCCCCGUGAGCAACUCUGCACCCUUUCUUAACGACAUUCUCAUGACUGAUCAUAUACAUAACAUAUGUCCCUACUUUAAGGUACGACGCGAUCAUCUAUGCGCGCGCCCUCGGUGCGCGUUCACCUGGGACCCAUAAUCUACAUUAUGUCGAAGGUGCAGAUCAUAAUUUUUCCGGGCUUCAAGACGAAAUUGUCGAGGUCAUUCUGGACUGGUGGCAAAAGAAGAAUUCGAGCGCACCCACGACGGGAAUCUGGAUGACAGGAACCAAGGUCAAGCUGUGACUUUGCCCCGCGCCUCCCGACUGCUCCCCUCCCGACUGCGGUAGAUAUAUCAUUAAAUGUAAAUGAUCUACUCGGUAAUGUCGUUCAGCAACAAUCUUUUUGAAUGAUGACAACAUCUUGGCUUU